AUGUCAGAAACUGUAGUAUUUUUAGGAACUUCAACUAUCGCUUCGCGUGGAAUUCAAUACGAACGUGCCAUAUCCUUAGGAUAUUCUGUUAGUCCAACCAUUACUGCAACCACCAGAUAUGUAGUCUGUGGUCAAGACGUUGGAGCCGAAAUUGACGACGCUAGAGAACUCGGUCUCACUAUUCUUAGCGAACAGGAAUGGGAAAAUCUGAUAACUCAACGAGAAGAUGAUGAACUUAACUCUAAAGGGACUAAUCCUACUAAAAAUGCUGAAAGGAAACGAGAAAGGGAUGAAAGUAGUGACGAUGAGCCUGCAGAGAACCAUGAUAUAUUUACAAAACCUACGACAUAUAUGAUAUCAAAAACCAAAUUUUGGGAGAUUAGGCUUGAAGGUCGAAAGACAUAUAUCAGAAUGGGAGAUAUUGGUGACAAAGGAGAAAUAACAAUGAAAGAACAUAAAAAUUGGGCCGAUGCAAAACAAUCUAUGAUUAAUUUGAUCGCUAGAAAGACGAGUCAAGGAUUUCAAAAGCAAAACAAACCUCCAUCGACAACUGAUAUUAAAUUCGAUAAAGUUUCAGAAACUAUAAAGAAACGUCUCAAGCGACAAAAAAAUAGUGUUGAUAUCGAUAUUAUUGACGAUUCAAUUAAAGGAUCUUAUAAACCGUUCGUCAUUAUUGAUGACGGGCAAAACAUCUCCUCUGCGUCACCGUCUACAUCUACUACCAUGAAUAACACGAAUAACACUACCUUUAAGAAAUCGGCUACCUUACCUCCUUCUAUUAUCAAUGCCAAGCAUAAGUCAAUUUUGAAAGGGAAUAUUCCCAAUCUCUUACUCGCACAUUCUUGGAAAGAAGACGAAGUUGACCCGACCGGUUGGUGGAUUUCUGAAAAGCUGGAUGGUGUUAGGGCCUUUUGGUGUGGAAAGCGAGGUGUAUUCUUAUCCAGACUUGGAAAAGUUUAUGCUGCACCUGCCUGGUUUACAAAAGGUUUACCAAGAGAUAUUGAUCUUGACGGUGAACUUUUUGGUGGUCGCGGCAAAUUCCAGUCAACUGUUAGUAUCGUAAAAGCUGGUGUUGAAGAAUGGAAGAAGAUAACCUAUAAGGUAUUUGAUGUCCCAUCGUACUCUGAUGUACCUUUUGAGGAUCGUAUGGCUUACAUCGAAGAUUUAGUAGAAAAAAAAAAAUAUUGUAAAUCAGCUAAAGAUAUUUUUGAUGAGUUAAAGAAAGUUGAAACAGCUGGUGGAGAGGGAUUAAUGAUUAGAAAACCGAAAAGUGAAUAUGCUUGUGGUCGAUCCAACACAUUAUUAAAAGUUAAAUCAUUCUAUGAUGGCGAAGCUCUUGUGGAAGGUUACGAACCAGGAAAAGGCAAAUAUACAGGAAUGACAGGUGCAUUAAAAUGUGUAAUGGCUUGCGGUAAAAAAUUUAAGGUCGGGUCUGGAUUGAGUGAUAAAGAAAGAAGAAAACCUCCAAAAAUUGGAAGCAUCAUUGUAUAUCGAUGUCAAGAACUUAGCGAUAGUGGGUCACCACGAUUUCCUACAUUCGUUGGAGUUGCUGCAGACAAAACUGAACCUAAGGACCCUGAUUUCGGACAUAAAUUAAAGAUUAAAGAUUAA